GCUAGCUCAAUGGCCUUGAAACACAGAUGAACACCACCCCCUACAGUGGGUAACAACUAGCAGAGUAAAGGUACUCCUUUACCAGUGUUGGGUUGCCCCUGGUUCGCACCGGUUCUAUAGAACCAGUAGUAAAACCAGUGGGAGGCUCUGCCCACUGACCCCGAUGUCAUCAGAAUGCUUCUGCGCAUGCCCGUUGCGAACCAGUAGUAAAGCUGUCGCUUGGAUUUUGUUAUGUAUUUGCACUGGGGCUACGGAAAUAGCUCCAGAAUGCUUUCCAGAAGGACAUCGUAUUCUCCAUCACGCCUAUCGCAGCAUCCAUUUUGAUUCUCUGGAAUUACAGGAAAAAGCCAUUCAGGACAUGAUUUGUGAUCAUUCACUUCCACAAGGGUGGUACCGCUUCAUGAUUGAAAAUAAGCCUGCAGAAAUGCCAACUAAGUGUAUAGAAAUGAACAAAUGUGGAACCCAAGCCCCAAUCUGGCUAUCCCUUCAAUCAGAUUCUCUCCCACGUCCUGGAGAGAGAAAGGCACUGACUGCCUGUGGAACCUGGCAAUUCUUUUCUGGAAGCACCAAAGACUGUUGCCUCUUUCAAAUCCCCAUCUCAGUUAGACACUGUGGGGAGUUCCUUGUUUAUCUCCUGCAACCUACUCAAGGAUGCAUGGGCUAUUGUGCAGAAGAAUCACAGCUCAACUCUUUUGAUCCCAAAAGAACUGAAUCAGAAGACAUCAUUAAAGGGAAAUUCCAUAUUCCAGCUUUACAUCCAGUAGUUACACCUGAGCUUUUGGGGUCCCAGGUCUACUUAAAAUGCACUUUCAGCAGUCCAACUUCAAAUUGGGCUAUGGGCUAUACAGUGAUCUGGUCACGACUUUCUACAUCCAAUGUGAAAGAACGGCUUCAUCAUGACACAACUGUGCAGACCUUCUCCUACGUGGAGAUGGAUGGAAUUAAUUUCAGAUUGGGAGAUACGGUCUCUUGCACUGUCACAGCUUUUAGGUGGGACUCACCUGAUCACCACUUUCUCCCUGAGGAAAGCGAUGGAUUCUAUGCUGGAAUCAAGUUUGUACCAGAAUCGUUACAAAUUGCAGAAGAUGGAAAGGAACAUAUUUUGACAAUCUUAAGUACCAUUCCUAUUACAUGUUUGGCCCAGGAUGACAUCUGUAAAAUUACUUUACAGUUAAGCACUCAGAUUUCUGAUAACUUGUUAGAAAGGACACCGAACAUAGCCCUUUCAACAUGCCAUGUGGAUCUGGAACAAAGGCCCUGCAGAGAAAGCAGCUGUGCAAGAGCAACAUUUGCUGUAAGAGCUGUGAAUGACUUUGUAGAAAAUGGAAACUUUAUCAGUUAUAUCACAGCCAAGCCAGUUCAGCCAAGUAAAUCUCUGUGGCAUGAUUAUAAGCCCAUGGAUGUCAAGGUCACAAUUCAAGACCUCCCUACAGGUUAUUGCUACACUUUCACAGAUCCACACAUAAUCACAUUUGAUGGAUGGCAUUACAAUAACUACAUGGUUGGAACUUUUGUCUUGUACAAGAGCCUUAGCCGUCUGUUUGAGGUGCAUGUACGUCAGUGGCACUGUGCCAGCCAUCAUAUUGCCAUCGCCUGUAACUGUGGUGUUGUUGCACUGGAAGAUAAUGAUAUUGUUGUUGUUGACAUGUGCAACAAGCAAUUUCUGGGAACCAAGUCUCAGGUGAUAAUACAAAACAUCAGAGCCUCAUCACAACAAAAUGUCAAAAUCAUGAAGUCCUAUGGAGGAAAAAAAAUCACGAUCUUGUUCCAUUCAGGAGCUUUUGUUCGAGCUGAUCUUAAUGACUGGGGAAUGAGUUUGACAGUAAGGGCACCGAGUAGUGACUUUAACAGAACCAGAGGUUUAUGUGGUACUUUUGACAGAAAUAGUCAGAAUGACUUCCACAAGGCUGAUGGGAGCGCCUUACUUUCUCACCAAAAUAGCACAACAGAAGAAAAAUUCAUAGAAGCUUGGAGGAUAGCUCCGGGGAUGAGCUUGUUCGACCACAUUCCGUCCUCCUCGAAAUGGCAGAAGACAGAACGUUUCUGCUUAUGUCAAAAGAAGCCUGAACCCUACUUGCAACCUUUAAAUUCUCUGCAUACUUUUUGGAAUCCUGCCCCACAAUCUUUGGAUUGCCAUGAUGAGAAAAUUUAUUACACUUCAGUAAUUCCAUAUCUAGAUGUCACAUCAGAUUAUGUCAUUCACCUUGAAACAGAUCCUUUAUUAAAUGAUGAGCAAAGUGCUACUAGUAUCUCUAAUCAUUGGGAAGAUCUCCAAAGAGGAAAAAGGCAAGGGUCUUCGGAAUACUCACCUAUUUCCUCUUUCCAAAGUCCAACUGACUUGGAAAGUUUUUCAUAUUUUUUCCCAGAAGAUUAUUUUGAAGGGAAGUGGCCUACAGUUCAGAUUACGUGGCCAACUCCAAGUGGCCUGACCUCACCUGAAGUCUUAACACAUUGCAAGACAUUGCUUGAAAAUUCCGCCAUAGGCUCAGCUUGCAAAGGGUUUCUUGGCAUCCAAUUCGACGUGGCCAUUGAAAUGUGUCUUUCAGAUGUACACAUUAAAGAUGAUCUCAAAUGGGGGGAAUUGCUUAUUCCGUUUUUGGAAAAUGUCUGUGAAAAGAAGGUCCUUUUAGAAAAUGUAACUGAAUCUUUUCAUUCGACAUAUGAGAUACCUGCUAUCCAUCACAAAAUUAUUACAGCACUGAGAUGUCCCAAUCUCUGUAAUGGCCAUGGACAGUGCACUAUAAGGGGCUGUCAAUGUUUUGAAGGCUACAGCUCCUAUGACUGUAGAAUUGCCAAAGAGCAUUCUGUGGAGAUUACUAGUCUACUCAAUGAAGGCUUCUGUGAUGUAAGAUUUUCCAACUGUAGCAACAUCCAAGUGUAUGGAGUUGGCUUUAAUGAUUCUCCAGAUCUUCACUGUGAAGUCACCAGACUGACUUAUCACAAUGGUGAAUGGAUAGCCAGAGAACACGAAAUCACAAAAGCAACUUUUUUGAACCUGACAGUGGCUGAAUGCUCAAUCCCCCUGCUGAACUUCACAGGAACAGAAAAUCUUCAUUUCAAGAUUGAUAUUGAACCAUAUGCAAGAUGGCAAGUGAAAAUUUCUAAUGAUGGAUUCCAGUACAGCAAUUCAAAAGUUCUGACCUUGUAUGAUGGACUCUGCCAGGAUUGCAAAUUCCAUCAAAAUGGGCUUUGCAAAUUAAAGGAAAAUACAUGCAAAAUAGAUGGCUUGUGCUAUGCAAAGGGUGAUCCCAGUCUCACCAGCUCCUGUCUUUUUUGUGAGCCAUCAAUUUCCAAAUUUACUUGGUCUAUCAAUGAAAACAACCUGCCACCUGUGUUUCUGGCCCCAUCCAAUCAGCUUCUAACGUUUGAAGGGGAAACUUUUGUUUAUCAGCUGCAAGCAGUAGAUCCUGAGAGAUCAGCCCUGCUUUUUACUCUAGAAGCCGGCCCUCCGGAAGCCUCCCUCUCUCCUGCUGGCCUUCUCAUCUGGCAGGUCCAUUCUGGAGAAGAGAAGAGUUUUGAAUUCACGGUAUCUGAUGAAUGCAAUGCACAAAGCAGGCAUUCAGUGCAGAUUUCAGUGAAGCCUUGCGGCUGUUUGAAUGGUGGAACUUGCAUCACCAACAUUAACUUCCCUCCUGGUAUUGGGGAAUAUCUGUGUAGGUGUCCCAGUGAAUUUGAAGGGGACCGUUGCCAAAACAGCCAUAAUCAUUGCAAAUCAAAUCCAUGUGGUAUUGGUUCUUGUACUGGUGGUAUAGACAGCUACAAGUGCAAAUGUCCAGCAGGUUGGAAAGGGCAUACUUGUCAAGAGGAUAUAAAUGAAUGUGAAGCAAAUUCUUGUUUUCCUGAUGUCUCUUGCACAAAUACAAUAGGGUCUUUUGAAUGUGGCAGCUGCCCUAUUGGGAUGGAAGGUGAUGGUAGAAAUUGCAAAUCUGAAGACUUUGCUGACAGAAUAGAAGCUUUCAUUACUAAUCAUCAUAAUAUCAAAGGUGAAUGGAAAACAAGUGAAAAUAAACAACUUGAGAAAGGCCAAGAAGCAAGGACUUUGUCGGCAAUUAAGUAUGUUAAUACCAGCAAGGUCCAUGGUCAUGCAGGAGUCCUACCAUCUCUUACUAACUGUGCUAAUAGACCUUGUUUUCCUGGAGUGCUGUGUGUUGACCGCAAACCUCCAAAGACUGGAUACUUCUGUGGCCGAUGUCCAAUAGGUCUAUAUGGGAAUGGACGAAUCUGCACAAAAGCAUCUAGACCAGUGUCAAGUUCUGCAAAACAUCUGCCUGAUGUAACUGUGGAAGUCCCUAGGGAAGCCAAAAUCUCCUUUGCCCAAGGUGUUAUAAAGAAUUUACAAGAUAUUGAUUCUGCAUCUUCACAAGAUCAUAUUUCAAAAUUAGAAACAACUUUCCAUAUAGCACGAUAUCCCUUAACUAUUGAUAUUCAAACUCCAUUCGAAGAAAGAGUGGUGCCUCUGACUUUUAAACCAUCUAUAGGAAAAAUCUUUCCAUUCAGCAAAAUAAAAAAUGACACCCACGGAGCCCUUCUUCAAAAAAACGAAGCAGGAGCUGCUGAAAAACUUUCAGACUAUAAACUGCAGGUUCAAGUGGAUACCACAAGGAAUACCUCCUCUCAAGGCAACAUGGGCACAAGGCUGGAUGCUAUUCAACAGAGCCAAACCUCAACCGACCCGUCACCUUAUGGGAAAUCUCUUGGGAUAUCAGCUACCCAGACUAAUUCUGACCAUGGUUCUAAAGCAAAGUAUUCGAGACAACCUGUGUGGACCACACCAUUGCCGUCGUCUUUCCAUUGGAAAACUUCAUUGUCUCUUCGUGUAAAUCAAGGUAGCCAGGCACAAGGGAGCUCUGCGCAGUCAAGAAUUUCAGGAAGGACUGCUUCAUUCAGAAAGCCUUAUGCCUCAGGUGUAAACCAUUUGGUAAUUGAUUGGAGAUCAUUUAAUAAGCGAGUCAACUGUGCAAAGAAGCCAUGUUUCCCUGGUGUGCCCUGUGAAUCAACAAAGGCAUUCAAAUGUGGACCGUGCCCCUACGGAUACAGUGGUGAUGGAAUACGAUGUUAUGCACUUUGCGAUCCAUUGUGUGAAAAUGGAGGGACCUGUAUCAGUCACAAUAUCUGUUCCUGUGCAUAUGGAUUUGUUGGUUCAAGAUGUGAAACACUGGUUUGCAAUAAGCAUUGUCACAAUGGUGGGAAAUGUGUGGCACCAGAUGAAUGCCAAUGCAAGGCUGGAUGGAGUGGUCCUUUAUGUGAAACAGCCAUUUGCAAACCCAUUUGCCUAAAUGGUGGGACCUGUAUUCGACCAAAUAUAUGUGCUUGUCCAUUUGGUUUCUUCGGGCUUCAGUGUCAAUCUGCAUUCUGCAAUCCUCCUUGUAAGAACAAAGGGCUAUGUAUGAGAAACAACCUCUGCUCCUGUAUGGAAGGUUAUGUUGGAAGAAGAUGUCAGAAAAGUAUUUGCAAUCCGAUGUGUAUGCAUGGUGGGAGAUGCAGCAGGCCCAACGUUUGUGACUGCCCAUUUGGCUGGAAAGGAAAGCAUUGUAGUAUACCUGUGUGUCUACCCAGCUGCAUAAAUGGAGGUGAAUGCAUAGGGCCUAAUGUUUGCCAGUGCUCAGAAGGAUGGGCAGGUCUCCUAUGCCAAAUUCCUCUUUGUGAACCAAAAUGCCUGUUUGGAAGCCGAUGCAUCCAACCCAAUGUUUGCGCUUGUAGACGUGGAUAUGGUGGUCUUCACUGUACAAAGAAGCUCUCCAUACGAUGACGAAAACAACAGGACAGUGAAGAUACACAUUUUGAAGUUACUGUGCAACCUUUAAAAAAAAAAGAUUGGCUGAGAGCGCGCUGCAAAAGACUGAUGAAUUUCUCCUGCUUUUUACUCCUUCCAAGCACUAAGUUCUGUGGAGAAAUUGCUGAUUUCAGAGCAUACUCCAGAAACUUUAACAAGUUGCUGAUGCUACCCUAAAUGAUAUUUCUCUUUUGCUGUCUGCCUCAACCUUAACUAUUUGCUACCUGUAGGUGCCAAACUCCAGUGUGACUUUGUUCGGUACUGAAAAAAACAUUGUGUUGUGUUCUUCUAGGUAUGGGUGGUAUACUAAAACUAACAACAUUGGAGAUGACAGUAUUUCCGCAUUAUAUUCUUUGUGGUUUCUUCUCUUUAUUCCACCAGGAUAGACACCGAGAGAAAUGAGAAUUUCACUUCUUUUCCUUAAUAGAGUUGAUUUUUCUCCCUUCAUACAUCAUCACUUCCAUGCCAUGUUUUUGUACACAGCUUUACUGAUGUGCUACACAGUCCUGACUGUGACUGAAGCAUAUGGAUUACACAUUAGAAUUGCUGUUAUAUUUUUCAUGUGUUUUAUCAUAACAAAAUAUGUACUUGGAAAUAAAAAGAAAAUGGAUAAGAAAGAGCAAAACAUAGUGGAAUGGAUGCACAGCUUACUGGACAAUAUUCAGAAUCAGAAUAAUAGGGAAGAACAGUUUUAAUAUCUUGGUUGCCCUUCAAGAAAACUCCAAAAUAUAAAAAAUAAUUAGAAUAAAGAGAAAUUCUGAAUAAAUCCAAAUCAAAAUG